UCCUUGCUGCCACCCCUGGUGAACUGAGAUCGAUCCCCAGAACCCACAUGGUGGAAGGAGAGAACCCACAUGGUGGAAGGAGAGAACCCACAUGGUGGAAGGAGUUGUCCUCUGACAUCUACUCAUGACAGCACAUAUUCCAUAAAUAAAUUAAUUAAUAAAAAAAGGUUUUCUGUUAGAGUUGUUGACGGGUUUUAUGAGAAAGUGUUAAAUGAAUUUGGCUUGAGAUUUUGAACAAUUUCUGAAAUGGCCAUAAAUAUCUGGCAUUUUGUGCUCACAUUUGAGUGAAAUAGCAUUCUAAGCAUUGACAACUCUAAAUCAUUUCAUUGAUCAACUCUGAAAAAUGUUGAAAAUUGUCUGUGUUGUACAGUACCAAAAAUUCAGCCAAGAUUGAUUGUUUCAUGUAAUUUUUUUAUAUCAUGGAUUUGGAGGUCAGAGGACAAUUUGUGGACAUUGGUUCUUUCCUUCUACCGUGUGGGUCUCGUGGGUCAGAGAUGAAUUUAGGUGGUCAGGCUUGGCAGCAAGCACCAGUAACCACUGAGCCAUCUCAGGGGCACAAGGCCGAUUGAAUUUGGAUAGAGAAAGGAACAAGCACAAGAACAUCUCAGUAUUCAGGUCGACUUUUGUCUUUAGCAAAUGGCAAGAUUACAUGUGUACCAAGUAAUGGUUUUAAAAUGAAAUUCCUCUUGAUUAUUGUCUGUAAAUGUUUGUAUUGUACGCCUGUGGUAUAUACCUGUAAACCUGGGAUUGUGUAGAAGUGUCUCGGUGAACAAGAGUCCUGAGUGGAGCGUGUAAGCCUUGUGUUAGCUGACCCUUUCCAUGCUGUCUCCCCUGUCAGCUUGUUGGAUACACUGCCACAGUUAGAGAACUUGAACCUCAGUUUACCACGCAACUAAAAACAAUGAUUAUUUGAAAGAUUAGUAUUUAGACUGUAAGAUGCAUGUAAAUAAUGAAAUGGGUUCGUGACAUUCCAAGGUCUUGUCUUCUCUUCUUCCAGAUUAUAACAUCAUGGCAGGGAGGAACCAAAAUCGAACUGUCUCCCUCCCAGGAACUCAGGCCAGCGGCCAGCUACAUACCUUUGGAAAUUGUACAGACAGUGACCUGUUGGAAGAAGAUGCUGAAGUAUAUGAACUUCGGUCCAGAGGAAGGGAGAAGGUUCGAAGAAGUACAUCGAGAGACAGGCUUGAUGACAUCAUUCUGCUAACAAAAGACAUACAGGAAGGAGACACUCUGAAUGCAGUAGCCCUUCAGUACUGUUGUACGGUAGCAGAUAUCAAAAGAGUUAACAAUCUCAUCAGUGAUCAAGAUUUUUUUGCCCUUAGGUCUAUCAAAAUUCCAGUUAAAAAGUUUAGUUCUUUGACUGAAACUCUUCAUCCUCUGAAAGGAAGACAAGGUUUGCAUCCUCCACCCGUCGCAUGUGCUCCAGAGCGGGAAGCUGUGGCCCCCGGGGCCUGUCUGCCUUCCACUGAGUCAGCCGGCAGUUUCCUGGAAGAAGUGGAUCGAGACAUAGAGCAGAUAGUGAAGUGCACAGACACCCAGAGGGAGAACCUGAACGAGGUGGUGUCUGCCUUAACAGCACAGCAGAGCCGCUUCGAACCGGAUGGCAGAAGCACUCACAGAAAGGACCCGUACUACGGAGCAGACUGGGGAAUUGGUUGGUGGACAGCUGUGGUGAUAAUGCUGAUAGUGGGUAUAAUCACACCAGUGUUUUAUUUGCUCUAUUAUGAAAUUUUAGCUAAAGUGGAUGUUAGUCACCAUUCAACAGUGGGCUCUUCACAUUUGCGUCCAGGACUCACACCUCCAUCUCAGCACAGAGAAAUGGAAAAUGGAAUUGGUCCCACAAAAGGAAUACAUGUUAGUCAAGAUGACCACAACCUAUAUAGGCAAGAUCCGCAAUCACCUGCUGCUCGACACAGAACGUAGCAGUGAGCUCUGAUCAGUGUUGAGCAUGUGUGCCUAUGGAUAUGGCGGUUCACAGAUAGCCAACAGCUGCUUCGAAGUCAGCAUCUAGGGACAUCGACGAUGCUGUUUUCACCUUGCCAGGAACCCUAAGCCUUUUACAAACGGAUUGUCUGUAACACACACAUGUGCUUCUUUAUAUUGAGACUGGUCAGAAUACAUCUGCUGUAUCAGCUCUUAAAGCAGAAAUUAAUUUAAAUGUAUGUCCAAGACAUACGUUUCUAACUUGCAAAA